CGUUUGGCUGUUAUCUAUGCAGUACAGUGUGUGAUAAUCACAAGAACUCCUUUGUUUUAGAUCUUUUAGUAAAAGCUGAAGCCAAUCUGAAUACUGUUUCGAAUAGGCCGAAGAUUUUUCUAUCAAAUGAGGUGCAUAUCGACGUUUCAUGAGAAAAGUUGAUAAUAGGGUUUCUGGAAAGCCUGACCGAUGGAAACCAAGUCCAUGGUUUUUGGUCAGAAAAUUUUCCAAACCAUAUAGCCUGAUAGAGCAUAGAAUUCUGAACACAAUAAGACGUCUCCCGAAUGUCUGUAAUGCUUUUUCACGCAACUUCAGUCGAUUUACGAACGGCUACAACGGGGGUUAAAGUUACCAAAACAUUACCCUCGAAUGUUUGUUUUCUAGGUCUUUGAUGACUGGUCUCACCAGUGAAGAUAUUCUGAGUAGCUCAGUUUGUAGAGAAUUUUACGGGCUAUCUAAUGCUGUGUUUAGUUUACCAUUUCAGUGUAAGAUUCGUGGCGGUAAAGCAAGACGAAAUUUACAACUAUUGCACGAAUUAAAAUUACAUACAAGUAUGAAAAUAUAUGGUAGGAAUCGUUUCGUUCAAGGUCACGAUCUCCAUUUUUCAAUCCAUCAUUCAAAAAAAAUUCACUAUCAAAUACCAAAUGAUAAUGAUUGGUAUUAUGUUCAUGGUAAAUGUUCAUUUACAAUUAAAGCUGUUGUAGUUGAUGGUGUUCCUGAUAGUGAUAAGACUGAUGAAGAGUGA